ACACACAAAUUAGUCCAUCCGGCGUACUCGACUGCCAUUGCAAGGCAAGAGUUUAUUGAACCCAUCAUGGGGGAUAAUAAGCUCUUUGUUUUGCUGCUUUUAUAUGCCAUUGUCGUUACUGAUGCUCAAGAUGAUGGAGCAGUGUGCCUUUUGGCUAAAAGGUACAAGAGCUUUCACAAGUAUGAGUACCUUUAUGAAUCUGAGUCUCUGAACACAUUGAAUGGAGCUAUCAAUGGACCCAAAAUCAGCUGCAAGGUUGAGAUUGAGGUUCCUGGUACAUGUCACUUCAAUGUGCACACCACGGAUUGCACACUGAGUGAAGUCAUCAGUGUCGAUGCAGAUGGAAACCCAAUCUUUGGAUCUACUGCUGGUGCUGACACUUUCAACACUCAAAUGGAGAAGAAUCCAUUAAAGGUCAUUGUAGAAGGUGAGAAUGACAUCAAGCUUUUCCCUGAGGAUGGUGAGCUAAUCAACAUCCUAAAUGUCAAGAGAGGUAUCAUCUCUGCCCUGGCUGUGCCUGUGCUGCAAGAGGAAAAGAAUAAGCAAAUGCCUACCAUCUAUGGUCUGUGUGAGACUGAUUACACCGUAAACACCAGGGAAGAUAUUGCCACUGAUGUGACCCUUAACAGGGACUUGUCCAGAUGUGACCAGUUCAGGCCAAUCAAGGACCACACCAGCCCCCUGGCUAUAAUUAAAGGCAUGCAUUAUCCACUUUCCCAGCUGAUCCGCAGCAAACAGACUUGCAGCUACAAAUUUGACAAUACUCAGAAACACAUGACCUCUGGGGUUUGCACUGAGGACCACCUUCUUGUACCCUUUUCUCACGAGGAGAAGUAUGGGGUUGCCAGUGUGGGCAAACAGACACUGUCUCUGUUGGGAGUGACUGAGUACAACGAAAGAGUGUUUGAUCACAACGAGGCCAACAUGAAGACACUGCACCUUGAUGAAAGUGUUGAUAUGAGCCCGAGUCAAGAUAAAAAUGCCAUCCUUGCUGUUCUGAGGGAGCUCUCUGGCCUUUCCCACACCACUGAUGGACAAAAGAGAGCUCACCUCGCUUACAAGCUUGUAGCUGUAAUGCGAAAGAUGAAUGCUGAUACACUGUCUGACGCUUUGCCAGAGGCUCUGGAUAUCUCUCCAUCCCUGACCUACCAGGUUCUGUUCCAGUGUGGCACCCCAGAGUGCAGUGGUGCCUUGAUGCAAGUCCUCAGGACCUUCAAAAGCUCAUCCACUGAAAUUGAUGCUGCAGUCUAUGCUAUGGGAAUGGUACCCAACCCCUCUCGUGUGCUUGUUAAAGAAAUGCUGGAGAUGGCCAAGUUUAAGCCAAGCAAACUAAUUUACUAUGCUACAAGCAAUGCUGUCAGAAGGCUCUAUAAGGCUGAGGGAAGAGUCACCCCUGAAAUCCAGGCGGUGGCAGAUUAUGCCCUUGAAAAUAUUGGUGACUGCACAGGUGACCAGGAACACAUCUAUUUGACUCUAAGAGUUAUUGGAAACAUGGCUGAAGCUGUAGGUGCUGCCAGUCCUGCCCUGAAGUCAGCUGUGAUUCAGUGUAUUAACCAAGCAGCUGCCUCCACCGAGGUUCAGCAAGCAGCCAUCCAGGUCUUCAGACUGACUGCAAUCCCCCAAGAGGGCAGAACAGUGCUAAAGCAGGUUCUACUGGAAGAAACAGCUCCUGUGCAGAAACGUAUUGCUGCUUACCUCAUUCUCAUGAAGGAUCCCCAGCCCAGUGAACUUGCACUGUUGGUUGCAGCUCUGCCCAGUGAAGGAAAUCUGCAGGUCAAGAGCUUUGUAAUAUCUCAUCUUACCAACAUUCUGAGCUCAACAGCAGCAGCGACCAAAGAACUGAGGCAGAAAAUUCUUGACACUCUUCAAGGCAAUGAGGUUGGAAAUCCCAUGGAUGCCACUAAGUUUUCUCGGAACUACAAAAUUGGCUCUCUGGAGGGAAAUAUGAUUUUUGACAAAGAAAAUGAACUGCCAACAGAAGUCAUGCUUGAAAUGACCCUGAAUGCUUUCGGAUAUGACAUUGACAUGGUCGAGUUUGGUAUGGAGGGCAAGGGACUAGAGCCAAUUGUUGAGGCCUUGUUUGGUCCAAAUGGUUUCUUUCCUGAUACUGUGAUGAAGACUGUUUACUAUGCAACUGAUAAGAUGCCUUCCCAAGUUAAUGAGAUCCUCAAGAACAUGAUCCCAGCCUUGAAUGAAAGAAAAAAGAGACAGGUACCAAAAAAUAUUAUCAGAGAAAUCAGUAAAAAUGUUGACAAGCUAAUCAAGAACCUGAAGUCCCAAGAUGCCCCUGAAGCCAUGCUCUAUCUAAGGUUGCUGGGUGCUGAGCUUGGCUAUCUUAAAACCAAUGAUUUGGAGGAAAUGGCCUCCAGUGUGACAAAAGUGGCUGAAAAUCUCUUGAAGAUGUUCCCUAAAGAUUGUGUCAAGAGCUUGUUCUCAAGUACAGACAAUGAGCUUUUCCUUCAUUACAUCUUCAUGGACAAUGAGUUCUACCUGCCUACUGGUCCUGGUCUUCCACUGAGGGUGGCUUUGUCUGGUACCUUUGCAUCUGGUGUUAAAGGAGGACUCAGAAUUAGUCCAGAUAUGAGUGAGAUUGAAUUCAUGCCAUCUGCUGGUGUUGAGUUUGUUACUGAAAUUGGGGCUCACUUCCCAGACUAUGUUCACUCUGGCCUGGAGAUGCACACCAACAUCUACCAUGAGAGUGGUAUGAGAGCUAAAGUUGCAAUGACUCGCAAACAGAUCAAGCUCACCAUCCCUAUUCCUAAAAACCCAGUGAAGGUUCUCAGUGUGAGCAACUCUAUGGUGUCUGUCACUGGUGAUAAAGCAACAACCAUUCCUGCUAUGACGGACCUAAUUGAUGUGAACAAAUGCACACCUUUCUUCCCUGGUGUGAAAUAUUGCAGUGCCCUUCAGUACUCAGAUGCUAUGUUCAAUGAUGCCUCCCCAUACUUCCCACUUUCUGGUGACAGCAAAUUUGCUAUUGAGCUGCACCCCACAGCUGAUGUCUCUGAGUACACGGCCACUAUUAAUUAUGAUUAUGAGGACAACACUGACAAAGUCACAUUUGAUAUAAAAGCUGAAGGUACAGCCUUUGAGGCCACCUCCAAGUUCAUGUUCAACAGAAAGGAAUAUACUGUUUCUGCCGAACUCCAAAUCCCUGAUUUUGACAUUGAGGCUGGAAUUCGAAUUGGCACUGCUGACCCAAGCACUAAGGUCAAAGGCACACAUUCCAUCCAGAUUGACCUCAUCAACAAGAACAUCCCUAUGGCAUCUCUGACUGGCCUGGCAAAGAUUGAAGCGAUGAAAGAUGCAAUGUUGCAGGUUCAAUUGCUUGUCCCAGAUCUUGAGGUUGACGGAAAACUAACUGCCAGUCUGAAGCGUGAUGAGGAAUUAGAAGUUGAGCUUAAAAGUGACUUUAAAUUAACUGGCACAUACUUUGUGCAGAAACUCAUCCUAAAAUAUGACAACGAGAAAAUUGAAGCUCAGAUUAAGUCAGAUGUCAACUAUAAAACAGAGAACAUUGAAUUCGAACUUCUAAUGUUCAAGGCGUACAUCAAUGACCUGUUGGAUCAGACUUUUGGACAGACAAGGACAAAGGUCUGUGAUAUUUUAGCCUCGUCAAUUGAGGCCACAAAUUCCUAUAUUGAAGCUUCAAAUAUCCCAUAUGUGGAAAACCUAAGGGUUCCUUCACUACAUGAACUUGAGAUGCCUAAGAUGCUGUUUUUAAAUACUGAGGCAGAUGCAAAGUACCACUUUGGGAAACAUUACUACACCAUCACCCUGCCAAUGCCUCUUGGUGGCAAAUCAUCCAAGGAUCUAAACUUCCCUCCUGCUCUUACCACACCAAAUUUGGAUGUGCCUCAACUUGGCCUAAAUAUUGCCUCUGUUAAAGUCCCUAUGCCUGAAGUUUUUGUUCCUAAGACCAUUACUUUGUCUCUACCCACCCUUGGAAAGGCAGAACUGGCUGGGAAGCUACACAGCAACCUCUACGAUCUGGAGGCAACUCUGUCUGCUGGCAAAGAUUCUGAUGAAAAUCAAGGCUACUCUGCUAAAGUUGGUGUAACUGGUUCUGGCCCUGUGGAUCUCCUCUCCGUUAGAAUUGAAGGAUCAGCGUUUAUUACUGGAAUGAUGACUGAUACUCUAAGGGCAGAGAUGAAUACUGCUUUCAAUCACAAGCUCAUUGAUGCUAGAUUCAACAUUUCUGAAGAAAUACAACUGAUGGAGAAAAUCAGCAUAACAUCAAGCAGCAAACUGGACGUCAACAGCCCCUUCAAUGUAAAGUUUUCUCUGGAACAUGCAGGACAAAUUGGACUCAAUAUAGAAGAGAUCUUUGGAGAUAACCACUUAAAAGGAUCCUUUGUGACUGGUCCUAUUGUCGGUGAUGUCACCCUCACACAGUCAGUUGCUCUCUUCCCAUUUAAGCCAGAGGCAAGAAUUGAUUCAACAAUAGAAGUUAGUUCAACUCCUUUCCAGGCACAGAACAAAAUUGUAGCAAGCUUUGUUAAUGGAGAGCUAUCAGUUGUAUCAAACUCAGCUGCAUUUGAGGAUAUGCUAACACACAAUGCUGAAUUUACUCUCGUGAGAUCAAAGUGUGCCAUUAAAUCAGAUACUAAGGCAUCGGCUCUGGGGCUGAAUAUCCAUAAUGUUGCUGAAGCAAACAUUGGUGUUGAAGAAAUCAGCGUUAGGAUUGAAACAACCAGCAGUCAUUCUGAAGACCAUAUUAACUCCCUCAUGGUUGCAGCUCUGAAUAGUAAUGGUCUGGUUGUUAACAGUGAUGCUUCUGCGAAGCUAGAUAAGCACACAGCUACUCACAAAGCCAGUGUGACUCUGGACAAAAAUGGCCUAACAACCAGUGGCACCACCUCAGUGAACAGCCUGUUUACUCUUCAGAAUACUUUCAGUGGCAUCCUUCAUUCUUCUAAAUUUUCUCUAACAGCUGAGACAAAAGGAACAUUUAAAAGCAUGUCUAUUGAUAAUAUCAACUCCAUAUCUGUAUCAAUGCCUUUUGUAGCUUUAUCUUCUAAGUCUCGAGUUGGUGUUGCCCCAGAUAUAUGGUACAUAUAUGAUAUGUCAUUACAGGCAGAACCAUACACUGUAACUGCUAGUGUGAAAAGUCAUUCGAAGAUUGCCUCAGAGGGAGAGCUGAAAAACACCUGUGAAAUUAAGCUUGCAGAUCUGACUGGAAAUGCUAAAUGCAGUACCACUGGAAAACUCUUGGGAGCUCACAUGAACCAUGACAUUGAAAUGGAGAUUGUUGGACUUGGUGUAAGAAUAAACAAUGAUGCCCGCUUUACAUCCCAACUUGGUCAAUUUUCCACUAAUCUUCAGGCCACUGCUGCUCCAUUCACAUUAAAUGUGCAUGCUAUUGCUAAUGGUGAUGGAGAAUUGCAUCUUUUUGGAAAACAUAGUGCCCAGAUAUACAAUAAAUUCCUUCUCAAAGCAGAGCCACUUGCUCUUGCCCAUUCCCAUGAAUGUAGGCUCUCAACUACACAUGAGUUGUACAAUGAAGUCAUUUUCGAGGCCAACUUCGAUAAGAAGGUUGACACCCAACUGACAUUUUUGGAGCAAUCAGCAAAAAUAAUCGUAAAAUCUAAUAUAAACAACAAUGUAUUCAAGCAAGAAUUUAGUGCCUAUAACAACCAUGAGAGGAUUGGACUGGAAGUGUCUGGAGGAGCCACAUUUAGAGAAAGCCAAGAUGUCUCUAUCUCAGCUUUAAUCCAGUAUGAUAAGAACACAGAGAAUCAUGUUAUUAACUUGCCGAUUCUGGAAAGUCUGCCUGCAAUCCUGGAGAACCUCAAAAUCACAUCUGUGACUCUUGUUGAGGCAUUACAGGAUUACAUAAAAAGAGAGGAGUUUAUUGUCAAGAUUCAGAACCUUCUACAGCACUUGACUGAUACCAUAACUGAGUUUAAUCUUGAAGAAAAGGUUGAGCAUUUUAAAAGGAGCCUGGUUAGUUUUCUGGAGCAUUGUCCAAUUUCUACAGUGGACCUUGAGGCUGCUGUGCAUGAUCUGGAGUUUGGAACAUUCAUGGGUCUGGCUGUGGUAACCAGUCGUGUCCAUGAAAUAAAGGAACAGAUUUUAAGUGGUGCCUUGUCUAGCACAGUUAUGGAGAAGAUAACUUUACUCAAUAAAGAAUAUGACAUCAAGGGUAUGAUCCUUGUUGUUAUAGAAGCCGUUGAAAAUGUGAUUAAACAGAUUGAUAUGACUAAACUGAAGGACAGCAGCAUUCCUGUAUUCUAUGAUGCUGAAAAACUAAAUGACAUUAAAUUGCAUCUACAACAGUAUCUGACAGACCUGAAGUCUGUGAUCACAGAUUUUGAUAAGGAUCACUUUGUGGACCAAAUGCAAAACAUCAUUAAAACAACUGAAAUGUACACAGAGAAUCUAAUUGCCAAAUUUCCCAUAGAAGAUAUAAUCAAGAUUGUUGAUACGCUAAAGGAGAUAAUCAACCAACUGGACAUCUUUGGCAAGUAUAAAGUUAUCUACAACAACUUUAGAGAAGUUGUCAUGAAAUAUGAGCUUCACAAAAGGACUGAAGAAUUUUUGGACAAGGUUCUGGAACUCAUCAAACAGUUCAAAAUUGAUAAAACAAUUAACGAAAUUGUAAAAACUCUUAAAUCAAUUCAGAUUCCUUUCCCACAAAUGCUGCAUGAUGCCUUCACCUACCUGAAGUCAACUGACAUAAAGCAGAUUAUUGAUGAUUUGAACAGAUUAAUUGAGGCUUGGGUUCAUUCAGUGAAGUCGUUUGAAUACAAUACAUUUGUAGAUGAGGCUAAUCAAAAACUUAGUGAGCUUACAGCGGAUCUUAACAAAAUCAUUCUGUCACUUGAGCUUCCCCAGAAACUUGAGGCAACCAGAGAAUUCAUUAACUAUGCCCUGUCAUCUAUGUCUGCUUUCUUUGAACAGCUAGGAUCAUCCACUGUCUCAGAUGUCAUAAAAAUAGUGACAAAUCUCAUUGACACUCUCGUCCUGAAUGACAUUAAAACAAUUGCGAAGAAUUUCAAGCAGAACAUUAUUAAUCUGGACAUCAGAGGAGAAUUGCUCCAGGCUUUGCAGCAAGUGAGUGAAAUCUAUAGCAAGGUUUUGUCUGCCCUCACUAAUACAUUUAAUUACUAUGUUGACUUGGUCACAAAUGUCCUUGGUGAUCAGCAAAUUGUCACUGAGCUGAAGCAAAUCAUUGACAAUGUUGUCAAGGCCCUACAGACCUCUGAAGUUGAGAUACCCUCCUUCACUGUCCCAUUGACUGACCUGGUCCUUCCGUCAAGGAAAUUCAGUUUGCAGCAACUCCAGAAGGCCGAGCUACCAGUACAGUUUAACCUUCCAGAAUUCACUAUUCUGGGAUCCUACACUGUCCCAGCGAUCACAAUCACAUAUGAUGAUAUCAAGCAAUUACUCCUAGAACUGGCUGACUUCAUAAUCAACGUUAAUACUGAGACAAUAUUUAAUAAUGUUUACAUUGAAAAACUCACAGUAAACUUCCCUGACCUCUCUACUAUCACACUGCCAGUGGUUACUUUACCACAUAUUUCCUUGCCUGCCAUUCCUAAAUUAAAUAGUAAGCACAUUCUUGACAUUCCACUUCGGAUUCCUGAAAUCAAGCUGCCAAAAAUCCCAAAUUCACUGAUUUUGCCUGCACUUGGAAAGCUCCAUGGCAAGAUCAGGGUCAAUAGCCCCAUUUACACCCUAAGCACCAUUGUUGAAUUAAAAAAUUCCACAGACACUGAACAAAAGCAGCAGUUUACUGCACUUAUUAAUUCUGUAGGAGAAUCCUCAAUUUUUAACAUUCUAGAAUAUAAUCUAGAUGCCACUUUGCAUUUUGCUCUACCAAAAAUGCGCCGUUUGAUUAUUUCAGAUACUUUAAAGUUAAUACAUAGUGCCCUUACUGUUGAACAUAAGGGCUCAGUAGCAUUAUAUGGCCUCUCUGCCCAGGCCACGGCCCAAACAAAUGUGAGGGUAACAACCAUGCCCUACACAGCAGAUAUCAAUAACAAUGCAUUCUUUGCAGUGGAAGGUGGAAUGUCAGCAUCUUUUGAAACAAUCUACAAGCACCAAGUGAACAUGCCCCUCUUAUCACUGACCAGUGAGGCUUCCCUGACCCAGUCAGCACUUGUUUCGCAGAAGGGUGCCACCAUUCAACUGAGAGCUGGAAAUUUAGGCCAGGGCACAUUUUCUCUUUCUGGCUACUCUGAUGUGGGAACCCACAAAAGUGACCUGGUCUGCAAUAUUGCUCCAACAAGUAUUAAAUUGACCUUUACUGGUGACACAAGGCUUACGGGAACUGUAAGUGGAACUCUAAUGAAUGCUGUUAACAUCAUGGUCCAUCCUUUUGAAAUCGCUGUCGAUAUCAAGAACAAGGGCAAUGGCAAAGUUAGUCUUCAAGAGUCACUUUCCACCAAAUUUGACAUUCAGAAUGAUUAUACCUUAAUUUUCAACCGCUUGAAACAGCAUAUAACCAAUGCAGCACUUUUGCGCCUCGCCCAGAACAAAUACAGCUAUAACUUCACACUUGACAACAACAAUGCUGAAACAGGGAUUUAUGCUGCCAUGAAUGGUGAGACUGAUCUGGAGUUUCUAACUGUUCCUUUUAGCAUUCCAGAAACUGUUAUACCUGUCAUUGAUGUAACAAUCACAGGUAUCAGUGAUGUCAACUUGCAUGACAUUAUUGGCCUUAAGUACCUUUCAACCAAGCCAGCCUUUGAUGUAAAUGCAAAAAUUGUCUACCAAAAGAACCAGCUUCAACAAAUCAUCAAUCUUGGUUUCAUCAAUCUUGGUGUUCCUGCUGUAGGCAACUUAAUAUCUGAGAUGUCUUUCAAGUCUUCUGUUUUCAACCUUAUUACAAAUGCUGGAUUAUAUGGAGAUAAUGACCUUGUCAUUCGCAUUGGUGCUAUUUCUACCUCUGUGUUUGAAGAACUGAAUGCCAAACUUGAGGGUACAAGCAGUCUCACCCUAAAGAGAGGUCUGAAACUGGCUAAUGCUUUAUCUCUGAAGUAUCCUUACUUUGAAGGAAGUCACGACAGCACCUUCACAGUAAACACAGAACAUUUGGAAGCUGCAGUAGCAAUGACUACAGUCGCAAACCUGAAUCUGCCUGUCCUUAGCAUCGAAGUUAACCACAAGCUCCUUGCAGACACCAAAACCCAUCCAAAUGCAGCAUCUACACUAACAAUCAAAGAAAAAUGUGACCUUCCUAUUAUCAAGGCUGUUGGCAGUGGUGAAGCUGAACACAUUUUGAAGGUAGAUGCAACUGCUUCUUAUAUUUCUGUGGAGUCCACCACAAAAGGGAUGAUUGAUGGAUCUUUCCUGGAAACUGGCAUUGUUAAGGGAGCUUUGGAUAAUGAGGCAACCUUGCACAUGUCUGUUGAACUAGUACGUUCCAAAUCGAAGACUACUGGUAAUGUAAAUGUUAAUUAUCAAGAUCUCAAGCUAGAGUUUGAUGUCAAUGCAAACUCUGACAUGGGGUCAACACUUAAUCGUCUGUACACUGUCAUGGAUAUUGUUUCUAAUAAUGAAGUUAACAUUGCCCCCUUCAACACCAAGGGUAAGCAUGUUGCCAAAGCCACUCUUGACUUGGCUCCAGUGAGAUCCCUUGUCGCCAAUGUAGAAUUUGACAUGUCUCAGCCAACCUCUUUUUGUGAUUUUACCAUCUAUGAGAAGACAGCUGUUGACUUGACUCUCUUCAAGCAGAAGAUUUCCUAUAUUACAAAAAUGGCAUCUCCACUAUAUACCACAAAUAUUGUGGUUGAGAUGGAAGGUGCUGCCCCAAUCUUCAAAGUCGUUUUCAAGUCCUCAGCCAAAUCUCCAGUUGUACUCCUGGAUUAUGAUCUUGACAGUUAUCUCAGUACUAUUGUGGAAAAUAAAGUCCUGAAUGCAAGAGCUAAGGCUUUCCUUGAACAUAAUGAUUUCACCAUAGACUUCAACAGUAUUUUAACACCAAGUGAUCCCAGCCAUACCAUGAAUAUUGACAUCACCAGCCCAACUUUUACUGAUGCAAGCCUUCGUUAUGCUGCUCAGAAAGAAGGAGUGACUGCCUCAAUUUCCUCACCAUCGGUUGGCUUUCUUGGUUUUGAGCUUCAGGGCAAGCUUCCAGCUCAGCUGACUUCACGCAUCUAUAGCCAUUAUGCAUCUGCACCUGAAAAUGACAUUGACAUCCUGAAAGUAAAUAUUGCUGCAGAUGGAGAUAAAAAAAUACAUUUCCAUGCUGACUUGAAUGUGCAAACUCCCAAAGAGAUGAUCCUGGGGCUGUAUAGGAGAUUGCAUGCCAUCUCUUCUGCUAUUUCCAAUUUUGCUGAAAAAUAUGGCAUUACUGGUACCUUCAACACUCUGAAGACAGCUCUUAUCAAUGCUCUAAAUGAUGCCUACACUAAUUCAUACAAUCAUGCUCCUGAUCUCAGCCAGCUUUCUAUUUUAUUUAGAAAUGUUAUUGUUCAGUACCAUAAGGUCAUUCAGCAAUUACUUAAUGCUGCCGUCACCUUCCUGAGGGAGACCCAGAUUAAGCUGCUGGGUAUGGAGGAGACUACACUGUCUGAGAUCUGUCAUAAAAUCAGAAGCAGCAUUGCUGCAGUGUUUGAAAAAGUUAUUAAUGCAAUCAUUGACAACCUAAAACCUCACCUCUCUACUGUUAAGACCUUCAGGAUAGUUCUGCCCAAUGGAAAUUACUUAACUAAAGAUGAGAUCUUUAGUAAUAUGGAAAAUGCCCUGACCUACAGUGUGGAUAUGAUAAAACAGCUAGAGUGCCUUGAUGGGAUUCUUAAGAGGCUGGGUCAAGCCCUCCAAGAGGCUGUUGAUAUGGCCCAGCUUUCUAUUGACAUGAUCCAAUCUGAUUUUCUUGAUAAUGUUGCUGCAGAAAUCAACACAUUCUACACUAAAGAGAUUCAAUUAGUUAGGGACUAUUUGAUUACGAUCAUUAACAAUUUGAACAUUGAUAGAUUGACUGACUUUGUUGGUGUGUGCAUGGAAUUGGUCUUAGUCAUUCUGGACGAUAUAAAACGUAUUGUUUCUACAGUGAUUUCAAUGGAUUUUCACAAUGGAAGUCUAAAAACGGACAUUUCUUUUCCCUUCUAUCAGUAAACAGUCAGAACUGAAUAAACUUUUGAAACCUAUGAAAUACUACCAACUGCUAUAGAGACUGAAUUAAAUCCAGCAUGUAUUUCUAGCAGCGAGAACUCUAAUACACACAUUAUUAUUAUUCUUUUGUGUUAUUAUUUUUAUGCAAACAAGAAAUUCUAACAAAUAAACCAAAAGCAAUAAAACUA